AUGCCAAUGUUCCGCUCUCACGAGCCUCUGCUGCCAUCCACCUCGACACCGCCCGAUCAAACUCAUCCGCCCUACCCGACCGCUCCACAGGAGUCCCCGCUUCCGCUCUCGGCAUCGCUCAAGCCGGCGCGCUAUAAUCGGCGCGCUACGAGACGCCACUACGUCGAAGUUGACUCUGAUGAUGAGGAUGGAGAAUCGACGCGGAAUGAUGGAGGGAAUUAUGACGAGUAUGGGGAGGUCGGACGGGGUAGGCAGAUGGCUGGCGCUCAAAGUCAACGGAGCACCACAGCCAAGUCAACUUCGAGUGCGACCGUCGUCGGAGACACCCCGAAGCGGACCAAGAGGAUCUGUAUCGCGGUGGGUGAGUGAGAUCAUGCAUCAUACCGACUCUUUGCACGUCACUGACCCGCGAGUCAAUCCUCGGUUAGCCUGCAUCCGUUGCAAGAAGGUCCGUCCACCGAACUAGCGGAAUUACACACACCCCGCCUCUGUUCUCCGCGUCUGACUGAUCUCCUAUCCGCGUACUCUGCCACGCCGAAUCCCGACGAAUGCCGGACCCAAUCGUCCAAUCCCAACAAGGCUGGACGAAAGUGUUCGGAAGGAAGACCAUGUGAUCGUUGCCGUCAACGAGGGUACACCGACUGUCGUGAUGCACCUCGAUUGAGGCAGGCAGGCUCGAACGCGGACUCGAAUCUCAAAGGCUGUGGGUCAUCUCUCCAGUGUCCGGCGCCGAAUGGAUCUAGCUUACGCAUGCAUGGACCUGUACAGCAACGAAAAUGAUGAGACAAGAGACCCACAGCGGAGGCGGGCAAGGUUACUCAACUCUGGACCCCCAGAUCGCCUCGCUGAGUCCUUGUCGAUCGCGAUCCUUCUUCUUACCCAGUCCCGCUCCUCCGGUCGUACGUCGCCCCCCGAAACCCCGCAGUCCCUAUUCUUCCCUCGACACCCAAACACCACCAAGUUUCACACCACCCCCUUCAUCAACCCCCUUACACUUCCCCUCACCUCGCUACAUCAUACCCGACACCCUCCCACACCUCGACUACACACUGAACCCCCUCCCCUCGCCACAUCUUCCCCUAGGCUGCCCACCCUUGAUAACUCCCAUCAACCGCCUCUCACCCCCUCACAAAUCCACCUACCCCGACUCACGUUCCUACAAACCUACCCUCAAACUUCCGUCUAUCCGAUCGCUGUUCUUCUUGGGUGAGGAUGAUGUCGAUCGUUGGAAGAAGAGGUUGCUUGAUGAAUCGAGUUUGGCGGCGACGGGGGUAGGGAUGGGUCAAGCGAGAUUUAGGACUUCUUUCGAAAGGACCUCGGCUAUGGGUGUUCGAGGGUGA